CGGAGGGGGCAGAGCUGAGUCGGGCCGGGCCGCGCCGCGCAGGAGCUCCGCACCCCGCGCCGCACCGUCCCCGGCCCCGGCGGGAGCCGCCGCCGCCGCCCGGAAGAAACUGAAGUGAGAAAGACGUGACUGAAAAAGAACGAUUGGAAGGAACAGAUUCAUUUCUUAACAAGAUCAAGUUUGAAUUAAAUGGCUGAUAAACAGAUCAGUUUACCUGCCAAGCUGAUCAAUGGAGGGAUAGCUGGGCUGAUCGGGGUCACCUGUGUAUUUCCCAUUGACCUGGCAAAAACUCGCCUGCAGAACCAGCAGAAUGGUCAACGGAUGUACAGCAGCCUGUCUGACUGCCUCAUUAAAACAAUUCGGUCGGAAGGCUACUUUGGCAUGUACCGAGGGGCUGCAGUGAACCUGACUCUAGUGACACCAGAAAAGGCUAUCAAACUGGCAGCCAAUGACUUCUUCCGGCAUCACCUCUCCAAAGAUGGGAAAAAGCUGACACUGCUGAGGGAGAUGCUGGCAGGCUGUGGUGCAGGUACCUGCCAGGUCAUUGUCACCACUCCCAUGGAGAUGCUCAAAAUCCAGCUGCAGGACGCAGGACGCAUUGCGGCACAGAAGAAGCUCAUGGCGGCGCAGGCCCAGCUCUCCUCCUCCCCCGCCGCGGCGGCCGAGCCGGCCGUGGAACGGCGCCCCACGGCGACCCAGAUAACCCGGGAGCUGCUGCGGAGCAAAGGCAUCGCCGGACUCUACAAGGGCCUGGGAGCCACGCUGCUAAGGGAUGUCCCAUUCUCCAUUGUUUACUUCCCGCUGUUUGCAAACCUGAACAAGCUGGGCCAGAAAGACCCCAAUGUCAAGGCUCCGUUCUACGUGUCCUUCCUCUCUGGAUGUGUGGCUGGCAGUACGGCUGCAGUGGCUGUCAAUCCUUGUGAUGUGAUCAAAACGCGGCUGCAGUCCUUGCAGAGAGGAGUCAAUGAGGACACCUACUCGGGGAUCCUGGACUGCACCAAGAAGAUCUGGCAGAGGGAAGGGCCCACGGCCUUCUUCAAAGGGGCCUACUGCCGAGCCCUGGUCAUCGCUCCUCUCUUCGGCAUUGCACAAGUCGUCUACUUCGUCGGCAUCGCGGAAUUCCUGCUGGACAUGCUCCCCAAGCGCCAGGCCUAGCCUGGAGCGGCUGCGUGUGCCCUCCCGCCCUCUGCAGCACUGGAUUCAUCCCCGUGUUCGCCAUCCGUGUCGAUCGAUGUCACAGCAACAGCACAAAGGGACCCGGUGCCCAGAUGGGCAGACUGGGGAGAGAGAGUCCCUGCUCUGCCGCCGUCUGGAACCUGCCCCCUCCCGCUCCUUCCACGGACAAUAUUAAUUAUUCCUCUCUCUGUC